AUGUUAUUCAGAUCCAUUUUUAAAAGAUUUUCAACUGAAGAAGAAGAGAAUAAGAAAAAGGUACUUGCUAAAACCAAUAUGUUAUGGUUCUUUUUAGUAUCUGCUUCAUCAUUUAUCAUCUAUACUGUUUUUCAAAAAAGAAAAUUAUUAGCUCCAGCUUCAGCUUAA